UUCGCUGGCAGCCACUGAAGCCCCACUUGGUCACCCCCAAGGACCACAGGGAGGACUGCAGUCAGCCCUGGCCCUCCCAGAACCCCUGCAUUGUAGACAGGCCUGCGCCACCACUCCAGCUCAGAAAUGUUUAACCUCAAGGGCCUCCAACCGAUCCGCUCUUCCGUGCCUGGAUCAAGCCUUUGGUGUUGUAUCUGAACAGUCAUCACGAAACCCGGGGUCAUGGAGGCUUCCUCCUGUGCUCUUUGAGGACUUUCAUAGCUCUGCGUUUCACACACAGGAAUGACCCCGACGACCCUGUUCAAUUCCUCCUGCCUCCUGGAAGACAGGAUGUACAAGGACAACAGGACGGACCCAUCCGGCCACCGGCUGGUGCCGCUGGUGGUGGUGCUGAGCAGUGUGUCGCUGGUCACUGUGGCGCUCAACCUGCUGGUGCUGUACGCUGUGCGCACCGAGCGCAAGCUGCACACCGUGGGCAACCUGUACAUCGUCAGCCUCUCGGUGGCCGACCUGAUCGUGGGUGCCGUGGUCAUGCCCAUGAGCAUCCUCUACCUCCACAAGUCCGUGUGGAUCCUGGGCCGCCCGCUCUGCCUCUUCUGGCUCUCCAUGGACUAUGUGGCCAGCACGGCGUCCAUCUUCAGCGUCUUCAUCCUGUGCAUCGACCGCUACCGCUCCGUCCAGCAGCCGCUCAGGUACUUGAGGUACCGGACCAAGACGCGUGCGUCGGCCACUAUCCUGGGGGCCUGGCUUCUCUCCUUCCUGUGGGUGAUCCCCAUCCUGGGCUGGCACGUCAUGGCCUCGACGCCGGGGCCCCGGGCGAACAAGUGCGAGACGGACUUCUACGACGUCACCUGGUUCAAGAUCAUGACCGCCAUCAUCAACUUCUACCUGCCCACGCUGCUCAUGCUCUGGUUCUACGCCCGGAUCUACAAGGCCGUGCGGCGGCACUGUCAGCACCGCCAGCUCAUCAACGGCUCCCUCCCUUCCUUCUCAGAGAUGAAGCUGAGGCCGGACAGCACCAAGGCGGACACCAGGAGGCCGGGGAAGGAGUCACCCUGGGGGGAUCCAAAAAGGCUGUCUAAGGAUGCCAGCGGGGCGAGUGUCCCGAUGCCAUCGCCCCAGUCGCCCAUGGAGAUGCCAUCCGUGGCUGUCUUCAGUGAAGAGGAGGGUGGAGAGGCGGGCACUCUGCAGAUGCCCACGGUGGCGGUGGGAGAUGGCAGGUGCUGUGAAGCCCUGGACCACACGCAGAGCCAGCCCAGGCCAAGUGGGCAGAGCCGGGCCGCACGUGACAGCAACACCAAGCCAGAGGAUUGGACGCUGGUGGAUGGCCAGUCCUUCUCCCGGACCACAGAUUCUGACACCAGCACUGAGGUGGCGACAGGUGGCGACCAGCUGCGCAGCGGGUCCAGCACGGGCCUGGACUACAUCAAGUUCACGUGGAGGAGGCUGCGCUCGCACUCGCGGCAGUACGUGUCGGGGCUGCACCUGAACCGGGAGCGGAAGGCGGCCAAGCAGCUGGGGUGCAUCAUGGCGGCCUUCAUCCUCUGCUGGAUCCCCUACUUCGUCUUCUUCAUGGUCAUCGCCUUCUGCAAGAGCUGCUGCAGCGAGCCCGUGCACAUGUUCACCAUCUGGCUGGGCUACCUCAACUCCACGCUGAACCCACUCAUCUACCCGCUGUGCAACGAGAACUUCAGGAAGACCUUCAAGAGGAUCCUGCGCAUCCCACCCUGAGGGGCAGCUGAGAGAGGCGCCUGCGGUGGCGGCUUUGUGACGCCCCAGGGGGCGGAAGGAGGGAGCCUGUGUCUCACAGGUACCCCGUCCUCCUGCAGUGGCGGCCACAGUCUUGGUUAGGGGCUGAGCGGGGCAGAAGAAGUCUCAGCGGGUGGCACUUGAAGGACAGGCGGCAGUGAGCAGCAGAAAGACUGCACUGGGAGCAGCGGGUGGGGGACCCACAAGAGCCCGGUGGGCGCCUCUCUCCAGAACCCACGCCUGGGCUGCCCCGAGCUCCUGCCUCGGCCUUUCUCUCGCACACACGGCUUAGAGUCGGCGGGAAAUCGUGCAGCAUGCCUAUCUGUGUUUUCCACCCCAGCUUCCUUCAGGUUCUUCAAUACCUGUGCACAAAAGCUACCUUCAAAAGGGAGAGACAGGAAGUGAUUUGAAGGGCUGCAUGUUCAAAGCAAAGGGCUGGAGGGGAGAAGAACGACCGAUGUCCUGAGGGCUGGACCAGGCACGUGGCACUGGUGUCCCACAACAGCACGAGAGGAGGGUGGCAGGAGAGUUCCAGCUUGUGGGGGAGCAGAGUGAGUUCUGGCGAGCCGGGAUGAGGAACAAAGGCCGUGGAGCUCUCUGUGUGAGAAAGAGCAGCACCCGGUGGGGUUCCAGCGUGUGCUAAGCUUUUCUUCAAAAGGCAGAAGUGUGUCAUAUUACACGCCCACACCUACACGCAAGAUUCCCAGGAGCAGCGACAAUUCCCAAAAUGACAUGUGGGGAGGAAGAGCAGCUGCUGCGGAGCGCAUCUGCGGCCACAGAGGAGCCCCUCAGAGGGGACAGUGGACAUUUUUACCUGCAGGUCAAGAGGUCUGCGUGCUCUUUAUAGUCUCCCUGCCGAGCUGAAAGCAGCAGAGCUGUGGGAACAUGCAGCUCAUGUGAUGCUCACAUCGCUGUCUGGUUGUGAUUUAUAUUUUAAAACUUAAUGUGUGUAGCAAGUGGAAAUGCUUAUCCACGCAGGUCUUCUGUGUCUUGUGUUCCCGUGUACAUGACCUGUUUAAAUGAGAUACUUUUACCUCUCUAAAUACACUGUUCAAAAGGA